CGCUAAUCUCAAUCACUGAUUGGACAAAUGUCCCAAAUUAAUGGAGCGAGGGCAGUUCCGGGAUUCCAACAUUGGCCUAGCAUACUAGCAAUUAGCCUCGGGACCGAAACGCACCCUUAAGUACUUGAAAACAUCAGCCCUGGACGUCAGGGGGUGCCCUCUGAUUGCCCUCUUAGACAACGACAGUGUGUGACAGAACACUUGAGUGUGUGCAAAGAAAUAAAGCGGGAGAGAAAGAAGAGGACCUGCAGUUGUCUGAGUGGCUUAUUCUUCUUUCUGCGUGGCUCCAUUUCAAAGGGAUCAUGGGAAAAGAGGCAUGUUUACGGCGAAACCAUGGCGACACAGAUUUAGGCUCUGUUUGGGAUGAAUUGAUUUUACCUGCACUGUCACAAAGACUGACACAAACGGCUAGAUAAACAGCUGAUUGGUCCAGUUGACCCAACACGACUGAUCUCAUCGUUCUUUCAUAUUGACGGAGUACUGAAAUAGUGGAUACAACAUUUUAAAUAGCUUUUGUGUACAAGUUUUAAUGUUUGAAAAAGCUGCAAGUGGACUUGGAUUUUUGCUGGGCAGCUUUAAGACUGGCUUAAAGUUGAGAUUUUUGUUUGUCUCAACCGCUGCUGCCUCCGCAGGAUAUAGAGCCUUGAACUCUCCCCUUUGCAAGCAUUCUGUCACACUUUUCUCUCUCACAAACACACAUUUCAGUGCCUAGAUACACCUUUUCUAAGACCAGAGUUCAGUCGAUGGUCACUGCUCUGCUAGAGAACCCUGUUCUGCUGUUUCAUAGGAUGUCCUGUUACUACCUCCUAAUUUCUGCCCCACAUUUACCUUACAAGAAUUUGUAAAUGAACAACUGUUAACACUCAAGCACUGAGUAAUAGCUGAGGAGUAAUAGCUGAGGAGUAAUAGCUGAGGAGUAAUAGCUGAGGAGUAAUAGCUGAGGAGUAAUAGCAAGUUAGUGUUCGAUGCCUGUGCAGGGUUGGUUUGUUGUCUCACCAGGUCAGAAAGUGGUUGUUCAAGCAGGUCGUUGUGUGUGUCCUUGUGGGUCUUUGUUGCACUACACAGGAGACAUUUUGUUGAUGUAUUUAUAUUGUUGAACCAAAUAAGGUUACAUGAAGCCAUAUAGAAAUAUUUCUAAAAGUCGCAAUUAUUUUUGUAUCAUAAUGUAAAGUUUUUAAGAUGUGUAAAAGUUAUAUAGUCUAAUAUAUACCUGCAAAGUUCUACACGCACGUAAACAAAGGUGUAGACUUUAUUAUAAAAUCAUUAUUUUAGUUUUUAAGUGGUUUUAUUGGCUGAAGUGCAAAUAUCUGGCUAGCUUUCUCUAAGAUGUUUCUCCCAAACGGCUGCUUUGUGUAAUAUUACAAGUGCUGGUCCCUAAGAUCCUUCCCUUCUACCAUCAUGCUCCCUUAUCCCAUACGGACACUGAGGUGUUCCCUCUGACCCUUCCACCAACCUUCUCUUUAGAUAUACCCCUUCUACCUCUCUCUUUCCCUCCGAUGCCGGGGUUUAGUAGUGGGGGGCUAGGGGGAGAAGUGGGUGGCCCCGCCUCUUCUCCCCGCCGGUUCCACCCCAGUCGCUAUGUACCCGUCUCUGCGGCAACCACCUUCCUGGUCGCCUCCACCACACUCUUCUUCUGCUUCACGUGUCCGUGGUUGUCAGAGCAUGUCUCCUCCGUUGUUCCCAUCUAUAACGCUGUGGUCUUCCUCUUCACCCUCGCCAACUUCUGCAUGGCCACCUUUAUGGACCCAGGGGUCUUUCCCAGAGCGGAAGAGGAUGAGGAUAAAGAGGAUGAUUUCCGCGCUCCGCUCUAUAAGACAGUGGAUAUCAAGGGCAUUCAGGUCCGGAUGAAGUGGUGUUCCAGCUGCCGCUUCUACAGACCGCCCCGCUGUUCACACUGCUCUGUGUGUGACAACUGUGUGGAGGACUUUGACCACCACUGCCCGUGGGUCAACAACUGUAUUGGGCGCAGGAACUACCGUCACUUCUUCCUGUUCCUGUUGUCCCUGACGAUCCACAUCAUGGGUGUGUUCGGCUUCGGCCUGCUCUACGUCCUCCACCACCAGCACCAGCUGGACAGGGUUCACUCCGCUGUCACUAUGGCUACAAUGUGUGUUGCUGGCCUCUUCUUCAUCCCAGUAGCAGGUCUUACUGGUUUCCACAUGGUACUGGUAGCUCGGGGUAGGACCACUAACGAGCAGGUCACAGGGAAGUUUAGGGGCGGCGUUAACCCUUUCACCAAUGGCUGUCUGAGGAACAUCUCACAUGUGCUCUGUAGCGCUCAGGCUCCCAGGUAUGUGGGGCGGUGGCGGGGCAAACAGACAGCGGAGGUGCAGCCUCCCUUCCUCCGCCCUCCUCUCUCCGAGGCCCAGCUAGAAGCCAAAGUCCUGGACAACGGCAUCCAGAACGACUGCCACAGCACCAGGUCUAAGAGCAGUUUAGAGCAGAUGGAGAACCAGUCAGCUGAUGCAGAGCCUCCACCUCCUCCCAAACCGGAGCUCCGCUACCCUGGUCUGCCCCGCGCUGACACCGAGGAGAGCAGCUUGCUGUCUGACGGUCCGCCCACUCCAUCUAUGUACAAGUACCGGCCGGCCUAUAGCAGCCCACAGAUGAACCACACAGCUCUGACACACCCAAACAAGAUGAUUCGUGGGGACAGUCUGGACUCUCCCUCCAUCCUCCAGUCGAGUUGCCAGCACAGCUAUCGGUCUGAGCCCAGCACCCUUGAUGGGGGGUCGUUAAUAGGUGUGAGGGUGCAUAGGGGGGGAAGGGAAAGGGGCGAGGGCCCCGGGGGAACCAGUGGGACGGGUAGUGGCGUCUCGGGGGGCAUCUCCGGGUACUCCCUAGGGGGGCGGUCGUACACUUCCUACCCCUCAUCUCUUGUCUUGUCCACCGGUGGCUCCCUCUCCUCCAGCAUGCGCUCUGCCCACACGCACCACAAUACUCUGGGCACGCUCCAAUCAGAGGGCACCACCGACACCAGCUACAAGAGCCUGGCCAAUCAGACACCUCGGAAUGGCAGCCUGUCCUACGACAGCCUGCUGACGCCGUCCGAGAGCCCGGAGUUUGAAUCGGCUGCUCAUGAGCUGUCCCCCCAGAAGCCCCACACCCCCGCAGCGUUUCCCCCGGCGAUGACCUUCUCCUUGCCGGCCCCCGGGGUCGGGGAUGCGCCCCUGCAGGGGUACACCUCACCCUUCCUCUCUGCACAGAUGGCCCAGCAGAGAGAGGGCCAGCUGCUCCAGGGCUCUGCCUCUUUCUCCUCCCCCCACAGGGCGUACCUUCGCGCCAUCAGCCCGCCCCUGCCGACUCCUCCCCCACACGCUGCCCACCCCGAGACACCGCACCUCCUCCACCAGGACACCAGACACCCACACCUCCGUGCCUCCUCCUCUCGCCCCCUUCCUCCCGUCUCUGAACAGCCCUCCCCGUCCUCUCCCCGUGCCUGUUCCCCUGUGUCCCCCCCGCCCCGAGGCCCCUCCCUGGGGCAGUCUCUCUCCUACACCCGAGAGGCAGGGUUCCAGCACAAGGCUCGGCCAAUGGGAGGAGGUGGUUUGUCGGGAGGGGGCGGAAUCAGAGGGAUCCAGGCUCCACAAUCCACCUCUCGCCCAGGCUUGGCCAAUCACAGUACAUCUAAACCAGGGGGCGGGGUGAAAAAGGUGACUGGCGUCGGAGGGACAACCUAUGAGAUAUCGGUUUGAGUGAAAGACGUCCGCCCCGGCCAAUGAUAGAAAGAAGAUUGUUCCACUGGACAGAUUCAAAUUUUCUUACUCUGAGGGACUUCAAGAUGGAUGUUCACUAAAAUGCACCCACACAAUGGUCAAUAUGGAGUUGGAUAGUGGAAUAGAAGUGUGUUUGCUCACUGGUAUUUCAAUGACCUUCCUAUCCUGACCAUCUUUAUCUGCCAAUCUUUCAAAUUGGAUAGAAUGGCAACUGAAGUGGAACUCAAUGUUGAUCAGUGUUGGAAUGGGACAACCUUACCUCGGCCUCUCUGUGAGCCAUAGACUAUAUAACAUGAAUGCUAUUAUGACUGCUGGGUACUAAACUCUCUCUAUAACACUUGUAUAAAAAUAUGAUUUGUUUUGGUACAUUAACACAUGGAGAAUUUAUGCGAUAAAAUAUAAUCCUGGAAGGAAGUAAGGCUUUUUAACCAAUCAGCAUGGAGCCUGAGAGGGAGCAUAUGGACUGGUGACCAAUCGUGGCACUCUGUGGUUCAAGACUUCCUGCUCCAUCAUAUGGAUGGAUCCCCACUCCACAGUAGUCAUUAAUUAGUUAGUCUGCAGUGAUUAUUCAAAGACUGUUCAGAGAUGAUGCCUCAACCACUAUAAUUUCAUUUUAGUUUUCUAAAUAAAGCUUUGGUUUUUUUAAUUGUUUUAUAUAAAUGUCAAAAAGAAUCUUUAAGAAUUAUUGGGUCAGAUGAUGAAGAUAUAGUUUAUUUUGCUUCGUGACAAACUAUAAAUGUGAGUGAGUUAGACUGGUCGCUUGUUUUGAUUGAUGGCUGCUUCAACCUGUCAUAGAUCUCGAUGGAAUAUUCAUCCAAAGUGAUGAUCCUCUCUGACGGACAGCUGAAGUGACAUCACUGAGGAUGUUGAAAGCCACAAAGAAAAUGUAAAUUCUGAAUCAUAAAUACAGCACAAGCCUCUUUGUGGAAUGUACACUCAAUGUUUUUUUAUUGAUACAUUAUUCAAAUUCUCUGUUUGUAGCUUUAAAUGAUUGUCCUUUUGAUGUUCGCUAUGUUUUCUGUCAAUCGAAUGCUAGAAAAACCUUAUAAAGAUGUCUAGCCAAAUGGGUUUAUGGUGGGAGGGGCUUAUUUAUUUGAACACACAGGGAUACCUUUGCGCUCUUAACACAAUUCCAAACCGAUCUCUACGUCCUGGAGUUGGAUUAAGUUGCCCCUACACAAUGGGGCUUUUUGACCCUAAUGGUUAAGGUUAGGACUAGGGGAUGUUAAGAUUAUCCUAGAUCUGUUCCCAGAAGGGUAAUUUAUAACCCAGAGACCACAUCCCUGUCAUAGUGCCUUGUCCUUAGAUUCUAAUGUACUUGGACAAUUCCAAGAAAUCAAAUUCUGGGGGGGUGGUUUAUUUUCUAAGAUAAUAUGGUAUAAAUAUAGAUAUUCUGUAGUAAUGUCUGAUUGUUAAUAGAAAUAUGUAUGAUGUGUCUUGGGGGGAUUGGUUUGAAAUUGAGGACUGUUUUGAUUGUUUUUUUUGCCUUGAGACUAUUUGUAGUAAAACUAAGCAUUUUGUUUUUUACAGUAUUUCUUAUGGCUACAGCCAGAUAAGAAUGUUAUAUUUUAGUUUGUUUUGUAGAUAUUCUGGCCUCUUGAUUUCUUUAUUUUGAAUCUCUUUAUGGUACAAUUAACAUUUUGGCCACAAAUAGGUUUAGGAAGGCAUGGUCAGAAACACAGAGGUGUGUCAGGAGUGUGUGGGUGAGAGGUGGUGUUAUGUUUAAGCCAAAGCUAUGAGAGUUGGAAUGUCAAAGCUAGCUGAAUGUAGCACAUGUUAUGUUCUGAAGCACACAAAGUAGACUAUCCCACCAACCAAUCAAACAGCAGCAUGGCCAGUCAGAGUGUGUGUGCGUCCCCCUCGCCAUGUUUAGAUGUGUGUGUGUGUGUGUGUGUGAGAGAAUAUCCUUGCCAAAUGCACACCUGGUUGAUAUGUAUGAUGACAAUAGUUAAGCAUCAUAAUGGCACAAAAAGUCAGACAUACAGGACUGGAGAAAGUCUGACUGUUACUUUGGUGGUGAAUAAGUGAAUAUACAUGAGUAAAUUAGAAUAGUAUUGUUGUAAGCUGUGCUGAAUGGAAAGAGUGUCACAAAUUACUUCAACGAUGAAUAUGAAAAAGACAGUUCCAAAAUGGCCUUAUGAAGACGUUUUUAAAGAUGUCUUCUCAGAUUAAAAGGUUGCCCUGA